AUGAAGCUGUUUCUCCUCCACCUUUCUGCUGCCCUUGUAGCUACAGGUGAGGCCAACACGAAGCUCGUCGUUAAACUAUGGUACUUGUUCCCACAGGAGACAGUGACGGCCACUUGUUGUUGUUUAGUCGUUUAGUCAUGUCUGACUCUUUGUGACCCCAUGGACCAGAGCACGCCAGGCACUUCUGUCUUCCACUGCCUCCUGCAGUUUGGUCAUGCUGGUAGCUUCGAGAACAAUAUCCAGCCAUCUCAUCCUCUGUCGUCCCCUUCUCCUUGUGCCCUCAAUCUUUCCCAACAUCAGGGUCUUUUCCAGGGAGUCUUCUCUUCUCAUGAGGUGGCCAAAGUAUUGGAGCCUCAGCUUCACAAUCUGUCCUUUCAGUGAGCACUCAGGGCUGAUUUCCUUCAGAAUGGAUAGGUUUGAUCUUCUUGCAGUCCAUGGGACUCUCAAAAGUCUCCUCCAGCACCAUAAUUCAAAAGCAUCAAUUCUUCGGCGAUCAGCCUUCUUUAUGGUCCAGCUCUCACUUCCAUACAUCACUACUGGGAAAACCAUAGCUUUAACUAUACGGACCUUUGUUGGCAAAAACUCCAUGGACGGCCACUUAGAUGGCUUUAAAAGAGGAUUAGACAAAAUCACAGAGGACAAGGCUAUCAAUGGCCACUGCCCACAAUGGCUUUGCCCUGCUCUUGUGGUCAGAGGCAGUAAUGCUUCUGAAUGCUGGCUGCUGGAAGCCGCAGGGAGGGGUGGUGGGGAGCACUUGCCAGUUUCCCACAGCAACUGAGAAGUUCUGUGAGGAGGAUGUGAGCAGGAACGAAUCCAUGCAUCCCACCUGGAAUUAUUUGAAUUAUUUGAAUGCAGCAGCUAGACUGGUGCCUGGGAACGGCCGCCGAGACCAUAUAACACCAGUCCUGAAAGAUCUACAUUGGCUCCCGGUACGUUUCCGAGCACAAUUCAAAGUGUUGGUGCUGAUCUUUCAAGCCCUAAACGGCCUCGGUCCAGUAUACCUGAAGGAGCGUCUCCACCUCUAUCAUUCAGCCCGGACUUUGAGGUCCAGCUCUGAGGGCCUUUUGGCAGUUCCCUCACUCGAGAAGUGAGGUUACAGGGAACCAGGCAGAAGGCCUUCUUGGUAGUGGCACCCGUCCUGUGGAACACCCUCCCUUCGGAUGUCAAGGAAAUAAACAACUAUCUGACUUUUAGAAGAUAUCAGAAGGCAGCCCUGUUUAGGGAAAUUUUUAAUAUUUGAUGUUUUAGAGUAUUUUUAAUCUGUUGGGAGCCGCCCAGAGUGGCUGAGGAAACCAGCUAGAUGGGUGGGGUAUAAAUAAAUUAUUAUUAUUAUUAUUAUUAUUAUUAUUAUUAUUAUUAUUCAAUUUUAAAAGCAUACUUUAAAAUUUAUGAAAUGAAAUAAUGAAACAACGUUGCUUUCUCUCCUCCUCUCCAUCCCUAUUUUCUUUUUCUGCUAGCAAACUCCCUAAAUUGUGUCUGUACUGAAAGCCCAGCAUGCAGUACUGGUACCUGUUCAAUUCCAGAGUCAGAAGCCAUCUGCAUAACAGUGGCCCAGGAGAAUAACAUGGGUAGGUAUAUGCGUAUUUCCCUUGUGCUUGCACCUGUAGCCCGCUCACCUCUGGGCUACAUUUGCAGGAGAAGCUUCCAGGACCAGUCUGAUCCAUUGAAAACUGAACUGCCAGGCCCGGUCCUGCUGUUGGGCACAUGAGGCUUUUAAAGGAGGCUCUGUUUCACGCUCUCUUACCUCCUGAAGUCAGGCAGGUACUCACAAAGAACAGGGGUGGGUUAAUCAGCCUGUUUUCACUAAUGCGUUUACAGAAGUCUGUUCUGUCUCAUUUCUGUGUCACUCUGCAAAUUAUUAUUAUUAUUAUUAUUAUUAUUAUUAUUAUUAUUUUAAAGAAACCCUAACCCAAAAUAGUUGGAAAAUGUAUUUCCCUAUCAAAAUAUAGGCAGGAAAAUGUCUGCCUUGCAGACGGGUCCCCUCACCCCUUUGUGAUUUUCCUCCAUUUUUAUGUGUGCAAUUCUGCUCCAUCCAAAUUGUCUUUAGCAAUGGGUGGCAGCGGUGACAUCUUGUCCUUUUCCUCAGGCAGGUACCACCUUGUAGGCACGUUCACCAACUCCAUUAUGAUUCCCCUCUGUUUCGUUUUGUUUUUUAAACAGGAGGAAUCGCUGCCACAGGAAUAUCCAGGGGCUGCCAGCAGGAUUCUCAGCUUUGCAAUGAAGCCGUCUCUGUUACUGUGGCUGGAGGGUUUUUUACGAGGACCGUUUCCAAAUGCUGCAUGACAGAAAACUGCAAUAAUACUCCCCUUGAAUGUAUGUGAAGGGAGGUCCAGACCUUGAUAAGUUUGCUUUGGGAGCGGGGACAGUUAGCCAAGGACAUUAGGACUGUGGCACCUGCUUUUGUGUGAACAAGGUCUGAGAUUCAUCCCCAGCAUGCCCAGGCAAGACUGGGAAAGGCCUCUGUCUGAGACCUUGGAGAGCUGCUGCCAGUAGUGUAGACAAUACUGGCCUAGAUGGCCCCAUGGUCUGACAUGCUUCUCUGUUUGCUCUCACAGCAUCACCCUUUGCCACAGCCCACAACAAAAGGACCUGUUGCUAGUUUUCCAUUGAGUGGCUCUCAAUGGCAAAGGGGGUUAAUGAUCCCUGAUGGCUAAUGAUUUAUUUCAACAGCUUCUCCCCUGCCUUUGUAUGCCAAGUGCCUGUACGGUGGCUCAAGACAACCGAAGGCUUGAUGUCGCUCUCUGACCCUUACAAUGUCACAAACUUAAGCUAAUGGCCUGGGUGUCAGGCAGCAGAGGAACCAACCCCCACAGCAGGUUGCCAGGAAUGGACAAGACAAGGGAAAGUUCUUACCAACUGCGUUUUAUUCAAUAGUCACAGAGAGAUGCUUAGAAAUGCUGCCUCUAGGAAUAAUGGCAUUUCUGCCAGUAAAUCUCCCCUUCCCUUCUCUUCCACUUCCUCAUUCGUCAUUCCUUCCACGGGUGGCAUUGAGGGCCCUUUGCUUCUGAGCCCUUUGCUCUCCUAAUUUGAAGGCUCACCAGGUUCUGGGAGAAGGGGGGGUCUGGAAUGCUUUCUAGUGAUAAUGUAGACACACACACACACACAUGGGGGGUCCAGUAGAUCGAGAAAUGUUGGGCAUAUGGAUGAGGUUACUACUGAAUAUGGGAUCUGAAGUGUGCCACAAUUGGCUGGCAGGCCAGAGGAUUUCUCCACCCCUUGACAUGCACAGCUGCUUCUGUCUGAGUGCUUUGGGCUUCCAGGAACUUGGGAUUCUUUUAUUUAUUUAUUCCCAAUUGUACCCGCUUUGACAAUUGCUGUUUUAUUAACGCGGUCUGCUUUCUCUCUUUCCUGCGUCCCUCCAGUACCACCCAAGAACCUCACAAAGAAUGGAGUGAAUUGUCCCACCAGUUUUGUGCUUGGCUUUAACCGCUUAGAAGAACCCGGGACUCUGAGUUGCACAGGAGAUGAAAAUAAUUGCAUCUCUGCGGCCGGGGAGCUAACUGCAGGUAGGACUCACUUUAAGCUCCUGUUGGGUCCCAGAGCACCAGUGUUCUCUAGUAUUGCAAAAGACGGACGUCUUGCAUCUGCUUCCCUGGAGAAUUCAAGCACUAAGUCUCAUAACUGAGCUGCUCCCUACCUUUCACCUAUUCUGUCAGCCAAGAGAAUCAAAGGACCAUCCCUUUCUAACGGCUGCUGCAGGAAAGUCCACCCCCUCUCAUUUUGGUCUGUUUGGAAUAAAAUGAUUAAUACUAAUACUAAUAAUAUUCCCUUUUCCUAGUCCAGGACUCAAGACUUUCACAGAAAAAUUAGAACAAGCUAAAAACAUAAAAAGUCAAUUAUUAAAAUGUAAUUAAACACUAAUAGAAUUGAUAUUGUACUCUCUGCCAAGCUGCAGCAAGAUUCCAAGAGAUACCAGGCACUCACCCAUAGUCCAUGCUCCUUUGGAGAACUGAGACCCUGCAGAGACUGUCAUAGCUUCAAAAAACAUGCCUUAUUCACCUAUUUACACCUUCAGUCUGCAUGGAGUAAUAAUAAUAAUAAUAAUAAAUAAUAAUAAUAAUAAUAAUAAUUUAUUUAUACCCCAUCCAUCUGGCUGGGUCUCCCCAGCCACUCUGGGCGGCUUCCAACAAAGUAUUAAAAAUACAAUAAAACACAAAACAUUAAAAACUUCCCUAAGCAGGAAGUCCAGAUCUUAUAGCAUGGUUAUUUCAAUAGAGGCUUGUCCCCCACACCCAUUGCAGCAGCCUGCCCAAGAUGGACCCCAGUAAUUCUUCUUCCUUCUCCUUCCCAGAACACAUUCUUCUACAGGGACCCAGGCAAAGGGCCUUCUUGGUAGUGGUGGCUGCCCUGUGGAAUGCCCUCCCAUCAGAUGUCAAACAGAUAAACAACUAUUUGCCUAAAAUUGUGUUGGAAGCUGCCCAGAGUGGCUGGGGUGGCUAACAACAACAACAACAACAACAACACACCCUUUUGUUUUGGAAGGUAUGUGUCAGGGCUGACCUUUUAAUGGGAACUGAAUCAACUUUUGUCUCCAUCUCUAUUCUCUACUUCAGGAGAUGCUGCCGCUCUUCCCUUUAUAGCAUCAGGCUGUGCCUCAGCAACUGCCUGCAAUUUGCCUGUGCAGACGUACCUCGUUACUGGAGCCAUGGACUUCCUCCUGAAGAAAAUCAAGUGCAGCCCAUCCCCAGCCACCAACAGCGGCUGAAAGGAGCAAGCGGGAGAAACUUUCUCCACUUUUUGCAGGGUCACUGUGAUUCUUUGUCAUUCCCUGCUGUGAAUUCUUUGAAUAAACUAGCAUGAAAAAGAAUGCCCCCCUCAAAUCGCUACCCCAGUUUACAUUGCUUUAAAGCAGGCAUGGAGAACCUUUGGCUCUGAACUACAAUUCCCAUCAGCUCCAUCCAGUAAGAAUGGCCAGUGUCCAGGGAUGAUCAGAGAUGUAGUUCAGCAACAAUCUGAAUGGCCAGAGCUUCCUCACACCUGCUUUACAGUUAGGAAGCUACAUCUGAUCUGCUACUCAAGACUUUCCCAUAAUUAUCAGGGCCGUCUUACCCAUAUGCACUAGGGGUGCGGGGCACCCAGGUGCCAGGUUCUCAGGGACACCAGGCCAAGAGUCUGGGGCUGAGAGUUGAGUCCGGGGAACAGCCUGCCCGUCUGUUGGAGUGCCGUGGUGGUCUCUUCUGCUGUGGGCGGCUCUCCACCCCAACUCCCCGCCCUCUUGCCCAGCGUCUGUUGGCAGAGUCAUCGUCAAAAUCUUAAGGUGCCGCGCCACCAGGGGACCAAAGCGAGCGGGCGUUUCAGGUCCCCAGACGGGCUUUCAUGAGCCGCCCACAGAGGCUUGCCACUUGGAUGCCCGGUGGCAGCCAGCCUUAACUUUCCUCCUUCCCUUUCUCUGCCUCCCAAAUUUUAGGCGCCUUGCUCGAGAUGGAGGGCAACAUAUGAGCAGGGAGGGCAACACAGGCGACAAAGAAAUCGGUUCAGCAGAGUCCCUGGCCAUUUUAUUUUAUUUGCAACCCCCUCCCUGUUGCCAACACCUGGCAUCCGAUCGAGCUCCAGCUGCAGCAGCUCUGUCCAGAAGGCGGCGGUGACAGGGUUUGUGUGCCAGGCGGAUUUUUGCACCCCAGCACCACAUAUGCUCAAGACAGCCCUGAUAAUUAUAUAGUCAUAGUCCUUCUCCCCUCUUUCUUUCUUUCUUUCUUUCUUUCUUUCUUUCUGAAAAUAAGUUUCACUUUUCAUGAUUAAGCUUAGGUAAGCCUAAAUGCUUGAUCCUGUUACAUCUUUACUUAAAUUGUUGUAGAACGUACAAUUCACUUGUGGGUUAAGCCUCGCUUGUCAUCUGAUCAAGCUCAGCUUUCUCUACCCUUGUAUUCUUUUGUUUGUAAUUAUGAGCAUUGAUUUCAAAGAUUAAGACGAAACCCACAAAACGUGGCCGUUUGCUGCUCCAUGUUUCUUGUGGCUGAAGCUUGGCUCUUCUGCUGGGUCUGUUUUAAGGGUCAUUGUUUUUGGCCCUGAAUUUUCUUGGAAGUCGCUUAGAAGCAUUUUUGAAGCGAGCUGCUUAAAUACGCCAAAUGAUAAUGACAAUAAGCAUCAGAGAUGUGCACCAUUUCACCUGUGCCUUUUGAGAGCAAGCUGCAGCCCUGAGUGGCCACUGUGCCCAAAUCUGGUUUGCGAAGCUCUGAUGGAUAGAGCUUGAAAGUCCGACCACGGGUGCGGAACCUCAGGCCUGGGGUCCAAAUGUGGCCUUCUGAAGCCUCUUAGGUUACUUUUGCCUGGCUGGCAUGGGUCCUUGAACUCCGACUCAUGUCUGUGUGGCAAGACAGAAAUACUGCUGGGCAGAGGUAAAAUUUACAGGCUUGUCCUCGGUUGCACAUUCACUCAGCUUGUGCAUUAGGCCUGACAGCUGAGGCACAUGAGUCAAUAGCUUUGCCAAACAAGAAUAACUCUUGAUUGCAACUCAUGGUUUCUCUGGAGUGAGACAAACCACAAGGCCAGGUCCGGAUGUACUGUUCAGCCAAAUCAUGGCUUUCCCCAGGGAAGGACAGCAGUAGGAACAGGGAAGAAGUACAGCAGUCUUGAUCCUCGGUCCAGGAACCUGCUUAUUUGCUCAUCUGAUUAAAACCCUGGUUUGAGUGCAUGAUGUGCAAAAGUUGGCCAUUGCCAUUCAGAGGCAGAAAGUUUCUGUGUAUGGCUUGUGCUACAGAAAUACUGAGUACUAGGGGUUGUCACCACUGCUUGCGUGGUUCAUCAGUCCUGCCUGUUCCUACCCGCUUUGCCAAUCCCUUGUGCAAAUGUGGAGAAUUUGAUUGGGGGGAAAUGAGAAACAGAGAGAAACCAAAACAGACUGAUUCACCUGUACUUACUUCAUGCCCCCCCUUGGAAAUGCUUCGUGUCAGGGCAGCCAUUUGCUUCCUUCUGGUGAUUGGAGGAAAACAGUCCUGAAUAAACAAACAAACAAAAAAUUCCAUGGCACAAUUGGAUCCACAGAUUCCCCCACAAGACACACAUGUCUGCCCUCUUUCCUUCUUUGUCACACCUCCCUGUUUCCUUCUUUAUCACAUAUUUCUCUCCACCUUAAAACGCCCUCCUCGAAACUGCCUUUUCUUUUCAUAUCUUCUCCCUGCCCAGUGAUAGGGCUACUUACUCACCUUUUGCUGGAGAGUAUAUAUAUCUCACACCACCAACCUAACGCCUCUCAGCUGGUGCCUCUGCAUAAAGAUAUCCUGCCAACAAAGCAAGGGAAAGAAAACCAGGUAAGGGAGGAAUGCUUUGCUAGGGAUAUUAGUCCGCCUUACAUCCAGGACAUGCUGGUUCUUGGGAAGGGGUGAUUGCAUAAGGCUUCAGUGGCAAAGAGGAGAUAUUUGGGAAGGUCAGCAUGAAGCUGUUCUGUGGCAUCCCUGAAUAGCUUGGCACUUCUGCUUACAAGGAACAGCAGAUUCCAGGGAACAUUCUAGGGUGCACAUGCCAUUUCUGUGGUUCAUUGCCAGGCCACUGAUCCUGCCACAUCCUAGAACGUACACAGCACAUACCCAGAGCCCUGCAUGGCCGGGGAUGAUCAGGAGUGGUAGGCAAGCUGUCUUUAUGGGCACAGUGGAAAAACAACAGCACUGGCCCACUCACUCUAAAUGCUGCUGGUCCACUGACUCCAAAUGUGCUUUCUUCAUACGCAAUCAGUUGUUUUGUCAACUUUUUGAAAGGGGGAGGGGUAAGACAUCAUAGGGAACAGCCCCAUCCUCUUCUUUCAGAUCCUGAAAAAUUGUGCAAGGUGGUGAAACCACAGGGAGAGACUCGUGUUUGUGUAUACCUUAAGGACUCCAUUUUACAUUUAGCAUGCCAUGCCACAUACCAGCAGUUUGCUCUGUUCGAAAGGGACAUAGGAAGUUGCCUUAGACUUCUCCAUCUAGCUCCAUCCAAUAUUCCAUCUAGCUCACUCGCCUACUCAUGAUCCCCAGGGACUGGUCUUGAGAAGACCUGCACAGAAUCAGAGAAUUUGUAGAGUUGGAAGGGACCACAAGGGUCAUCCAGUACAACCCCCUACAAUGCAGGAAUAUUUUGCCCAGUUUGGGGCUCGAAUCAAUGACCCUGAAAUUAAGAGUCUCAUGCUCUGUGGCUUCAGAUACUGGAGGCAAUGUAGCCUUCAUGAGUAGUAGCCAUUGAUGGUCACCAGUCAUUGGUUUAUCUAUCCCUUUUAAAGCUUUUCAAGUUGGUGGUCUCCCCUGGCACUCACAGGGCCCCCUCCACCACAAUGAAGCAAUAAUAAUAAUAAUAAUAAUAAUAAUAAUAAUACUUUUAUUGGUUUUCAUAGACAUAUAACAAAAUAUAACUAGACAGCUAAGCAUAAUCAUAACACCUCUGCCCUAAUCUUCUCACCUGCAAAUCAAUCAAUCAAUCAAUCAAUCAAUCAAUCAAUCAAUCAACUUAGUAUUGUUUUUAUGGGGGAGCUCCAGGACUAGGAGCACCAACCAGAACUUAGUUUCAUCACCUCUCAGGUGGGUGCCAUUGCCAUUAUAAGAGAACAAGGGAUGUGUUCAUGGUGAGUUCCAGCACCUCUUUUUCUAGAAAAACAGCACUGGGGAACACCAAAAUCUUUUCAGUGCUUCAGGCCUCUAAAGGUCUUAAUAUGGUCCUGAUUCUGUCCUCACAGCAGUGAACAACCUAUUAAAUAGUACUCUCACACUCAGGAUCCCCAGUGGCUUGUACUGAGAGGCAUGUUGCCUCAGAUCAUGGGAAUAAUGUAGCCAUCAUGAUGAGCAGCCAUUGACAGUCACCCUCCAUUCAUUUAUCUAAUCAUCCUUUAAAACUAUUGAAGUUGGAUGCCUCCCCUGGUGCUACAGGGCCCCCUCCCCAGUGAAAUUAUUAUUUUAUUAUUUUGUAAGUAUUUGCGUUGGUUUUAAUAGCUGCACAUCAAAAUACAACUAGCAAACUAAACAUAAUCCUGCCACCCCCUUCCCUCUGCCCGCAGCAUCACCAGUGUUUAUAAUAUCUUUUAUCAGGGUUGUAUGGAAGCGUCCACCCACCGGUCACAACAUCCAGAUAUACAGCUGAAAACCUAUUUCACAGUUUCUUUCCCCUAGCAUAGGAAAUAAACUGCCAGCAGGUGGCAUAAAAGGCGUCUGCUUUCUUUUGCUUUCCGUUCAGCACCAUUACAUUGCAUGUUACAUUACAGGUACAGCCAAACUGCACACAUUUUUACAUCAUAGGUCUACUCUCUGACACAUCUGGGCAACGAAUAGCGUUGUUGCAGCAAGCACAAAUAUCAAGAGAUCUCUUGUCUAUACAGACUUAGCAGAUCCUUCAAAAAGUGAAAGUAAAUGCAACUGUGAUUAAUUAAUUUCCCCCAUAAAAUAUUAGAGUUAUUUUUUCUUUGUAUGCAUAAGGUCCCAGAUCCAGCUGAUAAGGCCUUCUUUCUAAAACCUUCAAGAGCAGCUGCCAGUCCAUGUAGUUGAUCCUGAGCUAGAUAGAUGAUCUGACGUGGUGUAAAAAAACCUGCCCAUAGUAACCCAGGAUUUAACCACUCCAGAAUGAAAGCUGCAGGUGCGGGGAACCUUUGGCCCUGCAGAUGUGCUGAAGUACAACUCCUACCAGCCCCAGCAAGCAUGACCAAUGGCCACAGAUGAUGGGGAGUUAGCAACAUCUGGAAGGCCAGAGAUUCCCCACACCCACAACACUGAAACAUUUUGGCGAAGGCUCCACUGAUCUUUUAAAAAGCAGAACAUCUGAUAAACAUUAAGUGCUGUGAUGCCCCAUGAUGGCAAAACUUGGGGGAUUUCAGGGGUGGAGUGCAAAGAAGCAUCAUGGGCUUGAGCUAAACAUCUGGGGUGCACCGCUGUCCCUGCAGCCCCCGUGUGGGUCUGAAAAUUCCUUUGUUUGGACAACCUCCUCUUUCUUGUCGAAGUUUCCUUAUCCAGGGCCCAACCUGAAAUGCAGCAAACUGGUUUCCAUGAAAGUGAGCUCUGUGUCAAGUUAUCAGCAUUGCAGAGAUGUAAAUCCCAAUAAAGGCUCAAAUGCCAGCAUUGCAGUUCCAUUUGCCACCUCACUCCACUCACUUUCUCCCUUCCAACCUCACUUCCUCUCUCCUUGGCCCGCUGCUCCAUCCAUUCCUGUCAUCUCUGUUACAUGGUUUUCAGCCAAAAUGUUCCCCAAACCACCCUCUCCCAGAGAGAUGUGUUUGCUAUGAGGGUGUGACCCUCCUCUUGCUCUCAGGUGCUGUGUGUUCACACAAGGCACAUUCUCCUUGCAUACACACUCCUUGCAGCACACACCCUGGGGUCCUGCCCCAAAUUGUUGAGCGAAGAGGGAAGGACAGCCCUUUGUCUACUGACCUUGCCCAGAUAUUCUUUUGGGUGGGAGCAAAUGGGAUUGCUACCUGAGCUAUUGUCAUGCAAACCGCAGAGAGCAGGUAAUUUGGAAUGGGCAAUUCUGUCAAUUUCAGUUUCAGUUUCUCAUUUCCAAUUUUUCUCUCCUGAAGAGUUAUCAGGAUUUGGGUGUGACUUUUGCCUGAUACACACGUUUCUAUGCAAUUUUGCGUGACGUACACAAUUCUGCAAAGCAUUUCCCCAUAAUAUAAAGGCAACUCCCAAUGUACAUAUGGGUUGCAUUCCAAGUCACUGUUUGUUUAAGUGAAAUCAUGUAUAUUUGAAACACCACUGAAAAAAGCCUGCUCCCCCUCCCCGCCUCGUUCCAUCCCUUUUUGUGACGUUUCUGGAUUCUGUGCAAUGUGCACACUUAUUGAACUCGUGUAAAUGGGGACUUGCCUAAAAUGCAUUUUUGUAUGUUAUUUUCAUGAACAGAUGCAUUUUCACACACUCUUUACCCUAGUAUAUACAUUUAUGUGCAAAAUAUUUGGCUGGAGAAUUGCAUUGCAAAAUUCAGACAAGUGUGAAUUUCAAAGGAUGGUUGUGUUUUGGGUGGCUGAUUGCUUUUCAAAGUGCAAAUCAAGCAAGCUUGCCUGGAAAGGCAGACUAAAUCAAAUUUCUCCCCAAUGCCUAGAGGUAACCCAAGGUAGGCUUGACUACUCUUACUCCAGGACUUAGGAAGCUACUUUUCCUCAUGUCAGACCAUUGACCCAUCUAGCUCAUUGCGGAACAGUAUCCUGUCUCCUUACACACUUAGUAUUCACCAGCUGGUUGCCCCAGAGCCAUGUUUAGGCAAGAUUUUCACCAUUAUUGCUGAGCCCACAAACCUCUCCCUCUCUCCACACACACACACAGAUCCACGCAGAUCCAUUUCUGGUUUUCUUCUUGUCCCACUUCACUUGAGAAUGUUUGUUUAAGGAGCACAAUGAUGUUGUUCCUUUGCUUAACACUUUCCUCUUGAAGUUUAUCAGAUAAGGUGUGGCUGUGGAAGGCUGAAGGAGCCUCAAAAUUCCCUUUAAAAUUUCCUGAAUCCUUGAAGCCUCAUUGCUUGUCUGUAGACAAUAUACAGACUGGUGGACUUGUCAUAAUGCAAGUAUUAAUGUUACUAGGGCUCUUGCAAUCCAUGGGUAGCUGCUUUUGCUCAGUGGGUGGGGGAACAGAAGACAGAUGAGAGAGGGUGCUCCUCUAAGAGAUGUCCAGCUCAACCAGCAUACAUGAAAAGAAGGCUUAUUUGUUCAGGUGUUAAGGUUUCACAGGCAUCCUCUGUUAUGGGGAUAAUGUUGGUCCGUUUCUUUGUCACAUUGAUGGGACUUUGCAACGGAAGCCUAGAGCAGCAGAAUUGGGAAUGCUCUAAUCUGCACAUCCCCAGCAGGGGCAGGGAAGGUUUGGCCCAGCAGAUGUUGCUGAACUACAAAUCUCAUCAAUGCUGAACACUGGCCAUGCUUGCUGGGGCUGGUGGGAGUUGCAGUUCAGCAACAUUUGCAGGACCAGAGGUCCCCCACCUGUGUAGUAGACCUUUAAAGUGGAGAGAUCAAGGGGGUGAAAAAAAAUUCUGCCCCAAAUAGAGAGGGGUAAUCUGCAGCCCUCCAGAUAUUGCUGGGCUCCAACUCCCAGCAGCUCCAGCCGUGGGCACUCCCGGCUACAUGACACACUACAGCUCCAUCUGCCUGGCUGUACCUCCAAACUCUGUUUUGUUAGGUUGUCCUCAUGUUGUUUCCAGCUUGCUGUUCUAAUCACUCAUCAUUUUGGUCCUGCAGCCACAGAAAUCGCCUCACUGGAACGUUUCCCCUCCAUUCAAACCAGACCUCCUCAGUUCCCAGAACCAUGAAGCUAUUUCUUCUCUACCAUUUUGCUGCCCUGAUAGCUUCAGGUGAGUUGAGUUGUAUAACUAGGGGUAUAACUAGCCUCUGUCAGAGCAGGCAGCUCAGAGUCCUCUCACCUCAGCUCUCCCCCAGAUGAAAUUAGGAAUGAAAGCAGGAUUCUACUCUAAUCAAUCAGUGGGGUAGGAGAGCUGGGGGGGGGGACACCUGGCAACCAAUGCGCCUCUUUGGUUUCAGAUAGUACAUGGGGAGAUGAGUCCAAAAGGCCUGGGACACAAAUUUGCAUGGCUAUAGUGGCUCAUUUACCAGGAGUAAUGUAUUUAGUAUUAACUCUGGAAAUAUAUGCUCGAUUCUAAUGAAACUAAGCCUCCUAGAGCAAAAUAUAUAUUAGGAGGCUUCGUUUGGUCAGAAUCGAGUAAACACUUCCAGAGUUAACACUAAAUAUCAUCUAGUAAAUGAGCCACCAUAGUUGCUAGAGGCUGUGAAAAUUUGUGCCCUGGUCUUUUUAGACUCAUCUACCCAUGUAUUAUCUGAUACCAAAGGGGUGCAUUGGUUGCCAGAUGUGAAGAAUAUUGGCUUUAUUUACAGCUCUCCUACCCCACUAAUCAUCACCUUGCCAACAAAGGUCCGUAUAGUUAAAAGCUAUGGUUUUCGCAGUAGUGAUGUAUGGAAGUGAGAGCUGGACCAUAAAGAAGGCUGAUCGCUGAAGAAUUGAUGCUUUUGAAUUAUGGUGCUGGAGGAGACUCUUGAGAGUCCUGUGGACUGCAAGAAGAUCAAACAUCUCCAUUCCUAAGGAAAUCAGCCCUGAGUGCUCACUGGAAGGACAGAUCGUGAAGCUGUGGCUCCAAUACUUUGGCCACCUCAUGAGAAGAGAAGACUCCCUGGAAAAGACCCUGAUGUUGGGAAAGAUGGAGGGCACAAGGAGAAGGGGACGACAGAGGACGAGAUGGUUGGACAGUGUUCUCGAAGCUACCAGCAUGAUUUUGACCAAACUGCAGGAGGCAGUGGAAGACAGAUGUGCCUGGUGUGCUCUGGUCCAUGUGGUCACAAAGAGUCGGACAUGACUAAAUGACUAAACAACAACAACCCCACUAAUAGACUGACAUACCUCACAGAGCUGUUGUGAGAAUAAAAGUAACUGGAGAGGGGGAACCCACGUACACCAAGGGUGAUAAUCCUGUAGUGCUGUGGAGCUGCAGGUCAUGGCUUCUCCCAAAGGAUUGUGGGAGCUGUAGUUCAAGAAGGUUACUGAGAGGUUUUAGAAGACCCCUAUUUCCCUCAUAGAGCUCCAAUUCCCAGAGCUAGAUGGCUGGUAUUCAUACAGUAGUUUAACAAUCAAUCCCAGGGGAACAAGGGCCUGCUAACAACUCUCAGCACCCUUGUUGUUGUUGUUUAGUCGUUUAGUUGUGUCUGACUCUUUCUGACCCCAUGGACCAGAGCAUGCCAGGCACUCCUGUCUUCCACUGCCUCCUGCAGUUUGGUCGAACUCAUGCUGGUAGCUUCAAGAACACUGUCCAACCAUCUCGUCCUCUGUCGUCCCCUUCUCCUUGCGCCCUCAAUCUUUCAGCACCCUUAACAAACCGCAACUCCCAGAAUUCUUUGGGGGAAGCCAUGACUGCUUAAAGUGGCAUCGCAGCGUUUUAAAUGUGUGGAGCAAUUGUGGCCUAGGUUGUGCUGGUGUGAAACAUCAGUUUCUCCAGCACAUCACCCUGAAUUCCUUGAAGGAAAGGUCGAGUUCAGAAAGUAAAACAUAAACAAAAGAAAUAACAGAUCAGGUUGUUGCUACCACCAUAAUUGCAGUAGAUGUUGUCAUUUACUGUUAUUGAUAUUAUUAUUUUCCCCUCAGCAAAAUCUCUGAGUUGCGAAUGUACAAACUGCACAAGUGGAACAACUUGCACAGCUGACAAAGAAGGAGCAUGCAUCGCUGUGACAGGGAACAUUAAAACUGGUAGGUGAAUGCACCUCUGAGGGAAUUUCCAGAUAACACUAACAGAAAGCUUGCUGGAAACGUAGGUUUUAAAAAACGUGGUGGUGGUGGUGGUGAGAAUACAGCCAAGAUUUUCAUGAUAUUGAAUCACAUGUCCAAUACCAAGCUCUCCAUUUGAAUAGUGCAAACUUGACAGCGUAUUACAGAUUGUAACAGGAUAUCAGGCCCUGGCUGGAUGAGGAAUAGUGGUGGGAGUCACCCACUUAAGAGCCUCCCAGCAAGUGCACAGAAGAGGCCAACUUAAGAUUCUGGAUCCUGGUGGUGGGAAACAGAAAAGCAGUUUGCAGAAGGGUCGAGAUGGGAGGUGCUGGGAGGAAGGCUGUCUGAGUGACCAAGAGGGGUCAGGAGAAGGAGGAUAGAGGCUGAGCGUCACUGACUCAGACAGAGAGGAGUCAAAGAUUGGCUAAUUGCCUUCUGUGCCUGCUCUGUGGUUGACCUGGCUCCUUGACAGCUCCUUGACAAUUAAUUUUCCAAUAAGAACAUCCAAUUAACAUUCAAUUCAUAAUCCAAUAAAAAAACCCUAAAAUUAAAAAAAUCCAAUUGUCUUCCAAAUUUGAUUCUUGUUUUACGGCUUCCCAUGGCCUGAACUUCAAAGCAACUCUGAAUUCUUAGUUCUGCCUCUCACGAUCUUUCCAUAUUUCCAUAUCCGACUUUAUCUCUACAAACUUCUUUGCCUCUGGCUCUGCGAUCUUCAACACAACAAAAAACAAGAAGAAACUUGUGCCCUCCGAGUGCAGACUUGUUUAUAUUAUGUUCCCCUCCACUGCUUCUCCCCCUCGCACCGCUUCAGCUGACCCCAUCCAGUCCAGGCUUUUGUCCAGUUCUUUGAAUUUGAUAUCUUGGCAGCUCUCAAAUCAUUAAUCUUUCCUGUCCAGCUGUUAUCAAGUGUUGAAUUGUUCUUAAGCAGUCUGUUCAUUUUGUUGUAUAUGUAUAUAUCAAUCAUUUGGCGAUCGAUCAACCUUCCUGGAAACCACUCAACCCCCCCUCCGGGUCCUAGAGGGGGGGCCGCUAGACACCCAUUUAGCCUUUUCUCUCACUCAAACUGAAAAAAAAAAAAAUCCUUCAGAAACACCUGCAUUGUAUGUUGUCCAAAAUGUUAUUGUCAGCUGGCAAUUAAUUUCUGUUUAUCUUAAUCGGAGACGAAUUCCGAAUUUUCUAGAACUGCGUAGUAAGUAAGUGCCAUCUUAUCCUUUGUUCUCCUUUCAAGUCUUAAAAAGAGCUGUGUGUGUCCCAAUUAUAAAUAAAAGUCCAUCUGCACUCAUAUUUUUUUUUUAAAGCAACUUAAGUUCCUAAUGAGGGUUGGCAUGAAAACCAAUUGUUGAUCUUAAAGAGGAAAAAGAAAGCAUACCAAUCGCCUCCACAUUCCACACACUGUGAUGAAGAUCUCUUUGAAGUCCGAGCUCAUACGCCAGAGACUGUAUUUUCUGCAGGUUUUUUCCUUCAGACCGCGUCUGUUUGUUUUCCAAAUAUAUAUACUAUCCCAAACAGAUGUGACCAGCUAGAUGGGAGUGGCAUUGGAGAGUGCCAACCGUUGUCGUGCUCGUUGACCCAGUGUCCUGCUGGGUGCAUCUUAAUGCACGCCGGCAAUCUUGGACAAACCACAGGUCUUUGAGACAAUCCUCCCCUGCCCUGGGGAGGCUGCCAGGGCUAAUUACCCCCCAUAUCAGCCCUGAAUUAUUGGCAUGGUCAGGGUCCGGUCUCAUGGGAGUCAACCAUUUCCCACCGCCGGAAACAGGAAGCCUGACCAUGGGGCUUCUUGAAAGUAUGCUUUAAUGCAGAGGUGGGGAAACCUCAGGUCCAGGGCCCCAAUGCAGCCCUCUAGCCUUUUUUACCCACCCCUUGGGGCUCUCACUAGGCUCAGCUGCCCUUUCCCAGGUCCCCCUCUUUCCAUAGGCCCCACUCUUCACUGGCUGUGCUCCAAUUUUGAGCAGUGGUUGAGCAGGUGGGGGCAGGGCAGGCGCGUGUCCUGGGGGUGGGGCGUGCCACCUGCGGGGGUGUGGCACCCAGCACGGGCGGGGGGGCAGCUGUGAUGGCACCCUGCUGGGAUUGCACUGCCGGGGGCGGUGCGCUCCCCUUGCACUCCUCUUCCUCCGCCAGUGUCUUUGAGUGCUUUUGCCCACUUGGAAGUGAUAAUACCUCUUUGCUUGCCUGGAGGCAGUGAGGUCUGUGUAGAAACCCCUGACUUUUGCAAGACUGGUAUGCAGUUGAGCGUACAAAGGGAAGAAUGCUGUAGCUUCACCCACUUUUGCCCCUGCCCCCACUGGCCACUGGAAACCAGCCCAUGAUGCAAUGCGGCUCUCAGGCUGGAAAAUGUUUUCCUUCUCUGCUUUAAUGGAAAGGUUAGCCAUUGCUUAGCCUUUGGUUUUAACACAUGUUGUUGUUAUUCUGAUAUCUCUAACUCCUUCCUGAUUUCUACUUUUUUGAAGCUGAAAACUCCAGUGCAACACCAGGUAUAUUCAGUAGCUGUUGGAGCAGCCAGACCCCUUUGGCGUGCAAAGAGGAGGAGAUGUUCAUCACAGCGGGGAAACAAUUUUCCUGGAACACUAAAACCAUAUGCUGCCACGAGGACAACUGCAAUGCUGUUAACCCUGAAGGUAUGUGGGGUCCAGGACUCAUUAAGGCUAAGGAGAACUCUCAGAAAUGGAUAGGUGUAUUUUCAUGCAAAAUACCCUGGGAAUUUUUAUUGAAGGGCAUUAUGAAAAUUAUUAACAAUGUAUAUAAUAAGUCAGGAAAAUGAAGGAUAUAGCACAAGAGCUUUUUUGUCUUGUUGAUUGUGAAUAAAGCUAUUGCCCUGGCUUUGCACAAGCUGCCAAAAGGGCUUAGAGUUCUUUACUGGUUGGAAGCCUCUCUCCAAACUUUGCAAUGCUCAGGUAGCAUGGGAGGCAGAAUACAGUGGUACCUCAGGUUACAGACCCUUCAGGUUACAGACGCUUCAGGAUACAGACUCCGCUAACCCAGAAAUAGUACCUCAGGUUAAAAACUUUGCUUCAGGAUGAGAACAGAAAUCGUGGUGUGGCAGCAGGAGGCCCCAUUAGCUAAAGUGGCACCUCAGGUUAAGAACAGUUUCAGGUUAAGAACGGACCUCCGGAAUGAAUUAAGUUCUUAACCCGAGGUACCACUGUAUGUUUUAAGCUGGUCCAAAAUUGGGGAGUCUAUCUGGAGAAAUGUCUGUGAUGCGCCCAGUUGAAGGCUACAACUUGCACUUUGAAGAUCUGAAGCAAGUCAGCUUGUCAACUGCUGAGCCGGCCACUGCAGAUGUUCUUUCUCUUUACUUACUCAUUUCAUUACUCCUGCAGCGCUAAAGGAAGACACCACUCCCAGUGAACUGAUGUGCCCAACAUGCUUUGUUUUCGGCUCUGAGUCCUGCAAUGCUACCACGAUGAAAUGCGCCAAAUCCCAGGACCAUUGCCUUACCAUUACUGGGGUUAUCACAACAGGUAAAUCUCCUCCUAUUUACAAGCCAAAAGAGCAUACAAACAGACUUUAAAGCUGGCCAAACGUGAGUGGUAUCUAAAGCGUUGGCGAGCCUUGAUUGCGGCCUCUAGAUCCCGCAGACCACAGGAAUUUUGGGCUUUGAUAAACAAAAGAGGAAGGAAGUACCCACUGACGAUUAUCCCUGCGCCCACAUGGGAACAAUUCUUGAGCAAAUAUUUCUCCUUGGCAGAGGAAUCCAACUUAUCCACUGAAUUCCGAGCCGACCAUCUACCUUUGUGGCCCUCUAUCGACCCAGACCUGAUAAUGGACUUGAUAUUAGAUCUGAAAACGGGCAAAGCCCCCGGGCUGGAUCUAGUCCCUGCUGAGGCUAUUGUUGCGCAACCAAGGUGGUGGGCUGAAAUCCUGGCCAAAGUCUUUGAUGCAAUUAAUUCUACGGGGCUUAUCCCUAGGUCAUGGAAGGAGGCCGUGAUCGUGCCAGUCCAUAAAAGGGUCCCCCUGCUGACCCGGAGAACUAUCGGAACAUCAGCCUUUUGUCUAUCAUCGGGAAAAUCUAUGCAAAAUUUUUGCUGUCCAAGCUGUCCAAUUGGGCAAACGACUCAAAUUUGAUUGGCCACGAGCAAGCGGGCUUUAGGAACAAUUAUUCGACCACUGACCAUAUGGUAAUCAUGUAUCAUCUUGCCAGAAAAUAUUCUGCCCCGAGUCGGGGCGCCUAUGUGUCGCUUUCAUAGACCUAAAGGCCGCCUUCGACAGUAUCCCAAGAAACUGUCUAUGGAAGAAAUUAGAGAGAUGGGGCAUAGAUAGAAGGCUGUUAUGGCUUAUAAUCCAAUUACACCAUGGGUCGUCGGCUAGAGUGAGACUCACACCGGCGGGAAACCUAUCCAAUGAGGUCCCAAUAAAUAGAGGUGUGCGCCAAGGUUGCAUUUUGGCCCCACUCCUCUUCAACUUGUUUAUUAGCGAUAUGAAGCUCUUUCUGAAUGAGUCUCAAGCCAACAUUCAUGCCCCCGCCUAGCUGAUUUUCGCUGCCCUCUGCUCUUAUAUGCCGACGAUGCAGCGAUCCUUUCCUACUCUAGAGUCGGUUUAUGCAGAGCUCUAAAGAUUUUUGCGGCUUAUUGCAAACUCAACCAUCUGACAAUUAAUCAUGGGAAAUCUAAAGUCCUGGUCUUUACCAGGUCUCGGAAAACUUACAGCUGGAAGUUAGAUGGAGUCCAAUUAGAACAAGUUUUCAAAUUUAAAUAUCUGGGAGUCUUUUUUCACUACAACCUAAGCUGGAAGCCACAGAUACAGUAUUUACUAAACAAAGGGAAAACAAUACUUUAUACUCUACUCCAAUUUUUUGCGGCCGACGGAGCCUCCCACAUCCCUUCUGCAUUGAAGGUGUACCAUGCAAAAGUGGUUUCCACCCUCUGUUAUGCUGCCCCGCUCUGGGCCCCAGGGUCCAAUUUAACAUCGUUGGGGACAUUGCAGAAUCAGUUUCUCCGUCGCCUCCUGAAACUCCCCAUGUGUGUGAGCAACGCAGCCAUACGUCUGGAGUUAAGGAUUGCAUCAUUGGAGACGGUCAUCUGGAAGCGAGUCUUUGGUUAUUGGCUGUCCAGCUGGCACAGGCUUCCCAACCAUUACCUUUUCAGUGCCUCUGGCGGGACGACUUUGUCAAUCCGUGGGUAGGAAAAAUCCAUGCCAAACUUCUGAGCAUCGGAAUUUCCCCAGCGGACUCCUUAAAGAUGAACUUACGCUCAGCCAAAAGACUUAUCGAGCAGAGAUUAGCAGACAUUGAAAAUCAACUCAACCUCGCCGGGGGUGAGGGUGUCUGCUCCCCCAGGUAUCAUGGAAUAACCUCACCACUUGGCCUCCCAUCAUACAUGUCAUCUCUUUCAUCUGUACCACACCGACAUGCAUUUAUUCGUGCAAGGUUCAAUGUCUUUCCAUCGAACCUGCUGAGCCACAGAUUUUCCAAGGGUUUGGUGUCUCCGCUAUGCGUGUGUGACGGGAAAACUGUUGAUUCUCUCUCACAUAUAAUGUUCAACUGCCCCUACAUAGCAUAGCCAGGACUAAAUUCCUGGGCCCUGCUCUACUGCGCUUGGUUGGCAGGCCUGCUGAGUCACAUGCCGCACUACUUUUGCAGGAUACAGAUCCUUCUGUAACUCUGCAGGUGGCGAGAUUCCUGAAUGCAGUUAUCUCACACACAAAAACCAUCAAAAACAACAACAUCAAAAACUAAUCGGACAGUUUUGAAGAGAGUGCAUGUCGGAUCUCGUCUUCAGUUCUCCUUUUCUGGGAUCCGUCCCUUGGAGCUCUCCGGGCCCCAAGCUGUUAUCUGGCUUUGCUCAAUGACCCACCCCUGCAUCAUGGUCUUCACCUUCUGGUGCCGAAUAUAUUAGUCUUUAUGCCUCUGUGCUUUUAUGUUUGUACAUACUUUAUGGGCUAAUAGCCGUAAAUAAAUAAAUAAAUAAAUAAAUAAAUAAAACAACAGGUAAAUCAGAAUGUAGAAUCAUAGAAUCAUAGAGUUAGAAGAGACCCCAAGGGAUAUCUUGUCCAACCCCCUGCAAUGCAGGAAUCUCAGCUAAAGCAUCCAUGAGAGAUGGCCAGUAUGAUGACUGCAGAUUAUUACUAUUCAUUUCAUUUUAAUCCAGCUCUUCUUCCAAGGAGUUCAGGCUCUCCUUUGCUCUCUCAUAAACCUUAUGAGGUAGGUUAGGCUAAGGGGUAAUAACUGGCCCAAAUCCAGUUAUUUCAGCCCAGAAUCUAAGUGGAUACUCUAACCACUGCACUGAACUGGCUCUACACGGGUGAGUCUGGGUUUAUUUCCCCUAAAAUAAUGCAUUUUGAUUGUUAUUUUGAUUGUUAUUUUCAUUUGUUAUGCAUACUUUCCCCUAAGAGAAGGAGUUAAAAAAUAUAUAUUAAGAACUGCAUUGCAAAAUUCAGAGAAGUGAAAAUUUCAAAGAACAGCUGUGGUUCACAAAAGAGACCCAAAUAACUGGCUUGGCAAGAACUCACUGUUAGCCUGGCUCAAAAUGGUCAUUUUUUUGAGGUGCUGCUUAUAUCUGUUUGCAGCUUGCCCCAGAUCCCCAUUGAAAAGACCUCAAGGUAGCAUAGAACUUGGCAUGCAGGUAUAUAGGGUGACACAUUAAGGUAGACGACAAAGGUUUUGUGAAGCUAGAUUAAAAGUUGACCAAAAGGAUUAAAAAGGUUGUUCUUAGGGAAAAGGUUUAAAAAUACGAAUGGUUACAAGCAUGUAAAGCAAACCCCUAAAAUGGAGUAAAAGUACAGAAAGAAUUGGAGGAUGUUUGCAGCUUUCCCUCUAGACACAGUUCCUAUAGUGAAAGAAUGGUUGGUUUCUUGCACCCACCAGCCCUUGACAUUAUGACACCUGCCUUGACCUCUUUCUUUCACCUGGUUCCCCAACAUGCCCUCUGGCUAUGUGAUGCCCUUGGUUCCCAGUUGACAAAACGCAAGGAAGUAUAAGCUCCUUAGUCCCAACUGCUGGUAUUGCCUAUGCGAAAUCCCACCCCACACCUUCCUCAAAGAUUUUACCAUCUUCUAAUUUGAUACUUGGACAGGUGAGGUUUAACAGGUUAACCUCAUAAUCCCCAAAUCAACCCAGAUGCAAGGCUUUUCUUCAUCAGAAUGGUCCAUUUCCUUUACAGCAGGGAUGAUAUAAUUUCUUUCUCUUAUUGUCCUUUUGCAGGUACUACAACUGAGCCCUUUUUUGGAGAAGGGUGUGCUACCCCUACAGCAAGCAACCUUGUCAGCGGCACGAAGCUGACCUUUGGAGAGAUCACUUACAUGAUUACCAGCAGCCACAUAGAGAAAGCUAAAGACGGGGCCAGCCAGGACAUCCCCACAUCCUCCUCUAAACCCUCCAUCACCUUGUCUUCCUCCAACUCUUCCACCACCCCAACCUCCUCUAAAACACUCACCACCUUGUCUUCCUCCAACUCUUCCACCACCCCAACCUCCUCUAAAACCUCCACCACCUUGUCUUCCUCCAACUCUUCCACCACCCCAACCUCCUCUAAAACACCCACCAACUUGUCUUCCUCCAACUCUUCCACCACCCCAACCUCCUCUAAAACCUCCACCACCUUGUCUUCCUCCAACUCUUCCACCACCCCAGCCUCCUCUAAAACCUCCACCACCUUGUCUUCCUCCAACUCUUCCACCACCCCAACCUCCUCUAAAACCUCCACCACCUUGUCUUCCUCCAACUCUUCCACCACCCCAACCUCCUCUAAAACACCCACCAACUUGUCUUCCUCCAACUCUUCCACCACCCCAACCUCCUCUAAAACCUCCACCACCUUGUCUUCCUCCAACUCUUCCACCAUCCCAAGCGCCUCUAAAACACCCACCACCCUGUCUUCCUCCAAAUCUUCCACCACCCCAACCUCCUCUAAAACCUCCACCACCUUGUCUUCCUCCAGCUCUUCCAUCACCUCAUCCUCCUCUAAAACCUCUACCAACCGAUCCUCCGACAAGUCCCUGAGCAAGUCUACUAAACCUGCAACCACCUCCACCUCUGCCACCUCUACUAGUUCUGUUUUCACCAUCCUACUGCCAAGUCUCCUUGGGCUCCUGCUGGACAAAUUUCUUUACUGA